AUGAAUAAUUUUAUAGGAAUGUUAAACAUUAAUUCAUUAAUAGAAUGGUUCAAAAUUGGAAUGACAUGUGGUGAUAAAAAGUUUAAAGCAUUAGUUUUACCUUAUCCUAAUGUAGACUUUACAAAUUUAACAGUUCACAUCGAAGCUCUUAAGGAUAAAAUUGAGGCUAUUACUCAUAAUCAUGAUCAAAGUUAUUAUCGUCAAGAAGCUAGAAAAAUCAUGAAAGGAAGUGUAGUGUAUGGUCAAAUGUUUAAUAAUGAAGAGGAAAAUUUAAUUGAAAGUGAAAAUGAUAAUAGUAAGAAUACUGAAGAUGAAAAAGUGGAAGAUGAAUAA